UUUCAGAUGAUUGCCCUUCUUUUGUGGUUUGCAACAGUGUUCACAACAAUUUCAGCGAUAUAUGAGGACCAGAUUGGCAAGUUCGAUUGGCAUCAUAAAUACGUUGGUUGUGCUCGGGAGCUGCAUAUGGAACGGCUGAAGGGUACGAAAUUACCACAUAUAUUUGUUUCAACGGAAGCUGACAUGGUCGCAUCAUUGAAAGCAUCGACUGGACAGAUAGCUUGGAGGCAACAGUUGGAACGUGCAUCUGCACUUCAACUCUCAUUCUCACCAGCGGCCAAAUUAUUAAUAACAGUAACAAAAGAAAAUGAGGUGGUGCGAGCAUGGAAUCGAGAUAGCGGAGUAUUGGUCUGGGAAACUCAAAUUCAACAAAUUACUCCUGGCUGGAAGAAAACGGAAACAUUAAUAUCAAAUGAUAACGUGUUUGUCUUGAGAGGCGCUCAUAUAACCGCACUUUCUCUCGGCAAUGGUCAACUUAAGUGGGCAACGAAUUUAGGGAACAUAGAGAGCUGCGUUGGUUCAGUACCAGGAUCACAAACAAUUACUGUGGUUGGAGGUGUUGAAGGAGCAGAAUUAGCACUUAUUCAGAUUGAUGUAACGAAUGGUGCAGUCAUAAAAAUUCGGAACCUUAGUGCAAACUGGUUCAAUCCGAAAAAAUGCAUUUUGUCUGAUACGUUGUUGCAAUGUUUUGAUAACAAAGGCUUUUAUGUUGUCGAUUUAUCAUUGGAUCCGCUCACUGUGCACCAAACUUUACUUCAGUCGAUAGUUCGAAUUCCUAAUUUAAAUGUAGGAGAAGUAAUGGUUGUAUGUACUCUCACGAAUACCUAUGUUUAUCGUGUUGGUUUAUCAGAAUCACCACUGUUGCUUUUAAAACUAGAGAAGAUUGAAGCAGUUUCCUCACAUGUGGCAACUAAUGGACAAAACCUUUUGGCUGUUGCGACAUCAACGAAUAACAUCAUCGUUUAUGAUGCUGUGAAUGGAGAGCAGCUGUUCACGGGAACAAUUCCAGAAAAAGAUCCAGCCCCCAUAAAACUCUUUUCUUUUAUCGAGAUAUCAAAAGAAUUUGAAUUUGCCAUUGUUCUGGAAGACUGUAGAUUUGUUUAUCUGGUUGGCUCGUCAAACAAACUUGCAAGAGAAUGGAUCAGACAUGAAGCACUAAGUACCAUCACUUCAGUCGAAAUGGUUGAUUUACCUUUAUCCGAAGCACAAGCUGAUAUCGAAUCGGAAUUUGCUUCGGAUGAUGAUACCAUAAUGGAAUCGUUAAUGAGGCGUCUAAGGAGUCAAAUGGAGCAAUUUCGUCGUGCUUGUAUUAGUGUGACAAAUCAGAUUUUUUCAUCGAAUUUUUUACCAUUCUAUUCGAAAUCAUUUGCUGACUGGAUAACUUCUUUCCGAUUUUCUAGUAAAAGGACGCGUAGAAAAAGUGUGCCGUCUGAACGGGACUAUUUUAAUCUACGAAAGAUUAUUGUUGUUUCAACGUUGAAAUCUAUUGUUUACGGUAUUGAUAGCAGUGAUGGAACAAUUUUGUGGUACUUUUAUCUGGGGAAAAAUAUUAAGCCAUUAUUUGGCUCUUUGGGAAAUGAAAAAAUCCCUCUCUUCAUACAGCGUACUACAGCCCACUAUCAUUUUUCUCCACAAGCUACUGUUGUUGCUAGUGAUAAGAGGUCAGGAUAUGUAGCUUUGAUAUCUUUUAAUCCCAUAACAGGAUCCUUAAUUGAAAGAAAAAACUUUCCGACUUCCAUCAAACGUGUUGAAAUUCUUCCAUACGCGAAUGCGCAAACACAUAUAUAUCACCUCAUCAUGGUUGAUAAGAAUAAUAAAAUUACGUCGUAUCCGGAAAAUAUAGAUGCACUGGAACAACAGGUUCCAUUGCAUCUCUUCAACUUUGAUGCUUCCGGUAAUUUAGAAGGUUUUAUCUUGAAUGUCACUCGUAAACAACUUUCGUCAACUUGGAAAGUGAAGCUGUCUCUAAGAAAUGAACAAAAGAUUGUAGCCGUUGUUCCGAAACCAUCCUAUCAAAAAGUUCACAGUGCUGGAAGAGUAUUGGGCAACCGCUCAGUAUUAUAUAAAUAUGCAAAUCCAAACCUAGUUGCGAUUGCAGUGCUUGAUUCUAUUUAUUCGGUUUUGCAAAUUUAUCUUGUUGAUGCAGUCUCAGGUUACAUCGUAUACAGUGGUAAACAAAAUAAAAUAACUGGUCCAGUUCAUUUGAUCCAUUGUGAAAACUGGCUAGCUUAUUCAUAUUGGAACGAGAAAGGUCGUCGUGUGGAAGUAGCUGUGGUAGAAUUGUAUGAAGGUCUUGAACAAACUGAUCCUCUUCAUUACAAUUCACUUGUGCAUACACUAGCAGCAAGAGUUACAGUCCUUUCUCAAGCGUAUAUAUUUCCUCAGGGAGUAGUGGCAUUAGGCGUUACAGAAACUGAGCUAGGAUUGUCAACAAGAUCUUUAUUGGUAGCGAUGCCAUUUGGUGGUAUAUAUGUUAUUUCUAAACGGUUACUGGAUGCUCGUCGCCCAAUAGAAAUGACGCAAGAACUAGCCGAAGAAAUGCUUCUUCCAUAUCGACCGGAAUUACCUAUUGCUUCUGAAGAUUUCAUCAAUUAUAAUCAAAGUAUACAUAGUGUUCGUGACUUUAAAACUUCACCUUCUGGCUUGGAAUCGACAAGCUUGAUGCUGGCUUAUGGUACUGAUCUUUUCUUCACUCAGCUGACUCCAUCUGGAACUUUUGACAUAUUAAAAGAUGAUUUUGAUCAUUUGCUUAUCAGUAUCGUCCUAGUAAGUUUGGUAAUUGGAAGUUUGGUUUGCAAAAGAUUAGGCAAAAACAGUAGUCUCAAGCAGGCGUGGCACUGAUUACCACUUUAUGUGCGAGGAUCAAAAUUUUCAGGAUACCGCAAUUCUUGACUUCUUGAC